AUGCCUCUCAGAUCUGCUGCGGCGCGGGAGCGCGAGGUUUACCGGUACUACCAGCCAGAUGAAGAGAAAGCAAAGAUCAACCCCGACGGGUCUCGGGUCCCUCAAGCGUCGAGCGAUCCGAUAUUGACUGCAUUUGCGCAACUGGGUGCGCUCCGAAUGAAUACGAAACGAGGGAUCAUCACGUUGUCGACCUCGACCGCGGAGUUCAUGCUCGCCGAGUCGGGGAAGGCGCUUAGCUUGCAGAAGGACGACGAUGAGCACGAUCAGUUAUGGCACGGUGUGGGGGUGUUCAACAAGUGUCCAGAUCAGAAAGCUAUGGUUAUCAACGACCUUACGAAACACGAGGAACUGAAGACGCAAUGGGUCGUGCUGAACAAGCCGUUUGUCCGCUUCAUCGCCGCCGUUCCGCUGCGUAGUCCGGGCAGUGGGAUGGUCAUUGGAAGCUACCUGGUGGCUGAUGAUCAGGUACGCGAAGGAGGGUUGACGGAGUGCGAGAUGGAGUUCAUGUUAGAUAUGGGAGCUACUGUCAUGGAUUACCUCGAGGCCGGGUUGAUCAAAAAGAAGCAAUAUCGAUCGGAGAGAAUGAUCAAAGCUGUGAGCUUGUUUAUUGAAGGGAAAUCAUCAAUAAGAGAUUGGUGGUUGGAAAGAGGACAUAGGUUACAGCAACCUUCUGUCAUGCAGCGGACAAGAUCAGCCAUCGAGCUUGACAAAUUGGCUGACGCCGAAUUUGGCAUACAAGAGCCUGCCAGCAAUCUCUCGAGAGGCUUGAGUAAUUUGCAAGAUGAGGGUCACGGUGGCAGUCUUGCAAGAGCUCUUGGAAAUUGGCAUGACGAUGAAUUGAGCUCAAUGCCCCAGACCCCCUCUUCUGUUUCAGGGAUGUCGGUCGGAAAAGCAGAUUCAACAACCGGCAGACCGGCAUUUCCAAGAGCUGAGAGUCAUAUGUCCUCUGAUAGCGCUACACAGUCUACCCUGGUAUCCAAGUCCUAUAUAGACCGCAACAGCUCCGUUACCACCAUGGACACACUAGUUGACCCAGGUGGUGAAGGAAAGGACAACCGCGCUUCUGUUUCUUUUGAUCUACCUCCGGUACAACUCAACGGUGACAGCUCUCUCCCAAAAGGAAGCCAUCUCCCAAAAGAAUUACAGGACGCGUUGCUUUCUACUGAACUACGUGCUGUCUUCUCACGUGCCAGCAAUUUGAUCAGAGAGGCUAUAGGUGUUCAAGGUGUUGUAUUCUACGACGCCAGCGUAGGAUCCGUUGGUGUUGGUUCUGAGCACAUCGUUAUUGGCGAGAAGGCGCCAGGGCCCUUCCAAACGGAGCAUGCACCCACGAGCAGUGAGGACGAAGCCGGUAGACGCUUGUCUGUAGCCCACGCUGAUGUGAAUGGCCACUCUGAUUCUGCGAUGCCGUCAGAUCGUGAGCCGGAAAAGUCAUGCCAUGUUUUAGGUUUCAGUACUCGGAAGCGGUCGAGUCUUCGUGGGCACAGAGCCUCUGACGAAUGUGGCACUCUCCCUGAGAAUAUCAUGAGAAGACUGCUGAAGCGCUAUCCCCACGGCAAGAUAUUUAACUUUGGUCCAGACGGCACGUACUGCUCCAGCGAUUCGGAUAAUUGCACAACGCCAGGCAUAGAUCCCACGGCAGCCCAUGGUAGAAAGGCAAUUAAUGAUGAAGCACAGUCAUCACGAAAGAAGUAUUCAAAGGAGUCGGAGGCAAAAGCUAUUCUCAAAUGUUUACCAGGAGCAAGAAGCGUGUUUUGGUUUCCCCUGUGGGACCAGACGAGAGAACGGUGGUUUUCCGGUUGUCUGAUUUGGUCGAACUCUCCGACGAGGGUUAUGUGUCCAACAGAAGAUUUGACCUAUCUAGCCGCAUUCGGCAACAGCACUAUGGCAGAGGUAGCUCGGAUUUCCGCUCAGGUGUUGGACAAGAUGAAGUCAGACUUCAUUUCCAGUAUCUCACACGAGCUGCGGUCUCCGCUUCAUGGCGUUCUAGCAAGUGUUGAAUUCUUGCAAGAGACUGAAAUGACGGAUAUUCAAGAGGAUAUGGUUAACAAUAUCCAUGCGUCCGGGAAGGUACUCUUAGACACCAUCAAUCAUGUUCUCGACUUCUCCAAGGUCAAUAGACGGUCCAAAAAUAACACCUCGCUUUCGAAGAGUGCCAGACGACGGAAGAAGAAGGGUAUUGUUGAGAAAGCAACUGUAGAGGAGGAGGAAGAUCAGACAGAUAUACUCAAAUUAACCGAAGAAGUCAUCGAGAGCAUAUACGCAGGUCACAGCGUAGGGAAACCGGUGUUGAGUCCGAAUUCACAUCGCAGCUCAUUCAUAGCUACCAAAGAGUAUGCUGUUAACGUUGUGACUGACAUCAAAUGGGAACCGAACUGGACCUUUGAGAUAGAUCCCGGCGCGUGGAGUCGAAUUUUGAUGAACAUCUUCAGUAACGCAUUGAAAUACACCAAAAGCGGCUUCGUCAAGGUGUCACUGGAGCUUGAAGAUGAGGGUGUUGCAAGAAGCAAGAAGUCAAGGAAAACCAUGGUCCUGAAGGUCAGAGAUUCGGGUAAAGGUAUCUCUGAAGAGUUCUUGAAAUACAGGCUAUUCAAACCCUUUACUCAGGAAGACUCCUUAGCUACAGGAACUGGCUUGGGUCUGAGCAUUGUUCGGCACAUCAUUCAAGAUUUAGGCGGUACCAUUAACUUCACUAGUGAACAAGGUACUGGCACAGAAGUUACUGUCCGACUGCCCUUACGGGCACAGAAACCGGCGGCAAUUUCUCCCGAAGACGAAAUGCUUCUAGAGGUUAGAAACAUCACAAAGGGCUACACUUUCCGCCUUGAAGGUUUCGACAGAUAUCCCGAUAUCGCAGAAGCACCAACUGGAAUUCUCUCAGCAGAGGCAGAAGCUGCGAUGUUGCUCAAAUCGGCAGGUCAAAGCAAGCUCGUUGAUUGGUUCUGUAUGGAACCAUCGCAGCCUACUGAUGAAUAUGGAGCCGAUAUCAUCGUUAUCAUGGAAGCUGGUGUACCUCCAAAUGGUGUGGAGGAAAUUCUCAAUGCUUACGACCACUCGAAGCCUUCCAAAUCGGGCAAAGCCAUUGCCAUAGUCAUGUGCAGUGGCUAUAGACCUACUCCCAAGAUGCUCAACUGUGGUAGAUUUCAGAUCUUCUAUUUGCAUCAGCCGCAAGUAUCGUCCUAUUCGCUGUUGGGGCCAUUGCUAAUGUCAUGCAGAUACGGUCCACAUAAAUGUGCGAAGGUGCUACAUAGCGCCUUCUGCGAGAAAAAGCCUUCCAUCAUUCCCGAAUCCGCAUCACAGAGGCGAACAUCAAAUUCGGAAACACCAGGACUCGCCGGUACAGGCAACUUUCAUAUCGCAUCUGAACCCGCGAGCGAGUCGCAGAAGACAAAUGGCGCAGCACCGAAGCUUGCAUCUACCAUCAAUUAUGACCCACCUGAAAAGAAGCAUAUCGACUUGCCCAAUGGGACUGACAAGAAAGAUUUUGGGCCGGAUAUAACAGACCUACUAUCUCCCAAAGCCCACGUAUUUCCCGCGAAACAGAAAAAACUCGAACCUGUAAGAGAGCUCAAUCCUCCUGGCCCGAAUGAAAAACAAAUGCGUGUUCUUCUCGUGGAAGAUAACGAGAUCAACCUGAAGCUUCUCGUCGCCACUAUGCGCAAGCUGAAAAUUAUCCACACAACAGCCAUGAAUGGACUUGAAGCCCUAAAUGCUUAUAAGGACUGCCGCGGUCAAUUUGACGUCGUCUUCAUGGAUAUCAGCAUGCCAGUAAUGAGUGGAAUCGAUAGUGCACGGUACAUUAGGCGAUUUGAGAGAGACGAGAAAUUGGCAGCGACAAAGUUGAUAGCGCUUACUGGUGCGGCAAAUCCGACUACGAGACAGGAAGCGUUCAACGUUGGCGUCGAUUUGUACCUGACCAAGCCUGUGCCAAUGAGGGAGUUAAGAAGCAUGCUGGAGGAGAUCAAGAAAGAGAGUGCUUUUGACGUUGAGGUUAAGUAG